CUCUCUCUUAAUCGGUUCUCAGACACUUCUUAGCCCUUCAUUUUCUUCCCUCUGAAACCCUAAACCGCCGCCGCCGCCGCCCGUCAAACGCCGACGAAAAUGGCUUUCGAGGGAUUAGUUCUCCGCGGCACCAUGCGAGCCCACACUGACAUGGUAACAGCCAUCGCCACUCCCAUCGACAACUCCGAUAUGAUCGUUACUUCCUCUCGCGACAAGUCCAUCAUCCUUUGGCACUUGACCAAAGACGAAAAGACCUACGGUGUCGCUCGCCGCCGUCUCACCGGCCAUUCGCACUUUGUUCAAGACGUUGUUCUCUCUUUUGACUCCCAGUUCGCUCUCUCCGGUUCCUGGGACGGUGAGCUUCGCCUUUGGGAUUUGAACGCCGGAACAUCCGCUCGUCGUUUCGUCGGCCACACCAAAGACGUGCUCUCCGUUGCCUUUUCAAUUGAUAACCGUCAGAUCGUUUCGGCUUCUCGUGAUCGAAGCAUUAAGCUCUGGAACACCCUUGGAGAGUGCAAAUACACGAUCCAAGAUGGGGAUGCUCAUACCGAUUGGGUCAGCUGUGUUCGUUUCAGCCCAAAUACUCUCCAGCCUACUAUUGUUUCAGCUUCUUGGGAUAAGACUGUGAAGGUUUGGAACUUGACUAACUGUAAGAUUCGCAACACACUGGCCGGUCACUCCGGUUAUGUGAACACUGUUGCGGUUUCACCUGAUGGUUCAUUGUGUGCUAGUGGCGGAAAAGAUGGUGUUAUUUUGUUGUGGGAUUUGGCUGAAGGAAAGAAGCUUUACAGUCUUGAUGCUGGUUCUGUUAUUCAUUCGCUUUGCUUUAGCCCCAACAGGUACUGGCUUUGUGCUGCGACUGAGCAGAGCAUCAAGAUCUGGGAUCUGGAAAGUAAGAGUAUUGUGGAAGACUUGAAGGUUGAUCUCAAAGCUGAGGCUGAGAAAUCUGACGUCACCGACAAUGCAAACAAGAAGAAGGUGAUAUACUGCACAAGCUUGAACUGGAGUGCAGAUGGAAGCACCUUAUUUAGUGGUUAUACAGAUGGUGUAAUCAGAGUUUGGGGAAUUGGUCGAUACUAAGACCAACAUUCAUGCAUGCAUGUUGUGCCUUCCAAUGAGUAAUCAUAUAGUAUGAAGGAACAUGUAGUGAUACUUUUAGUUGCUUCUCUUAGCAUUUUCAAACCCUUUUAAAGAUUUUGUUUAAAAUGUUGUAAGGAUUGUUUUCAUUUUGUUUGGAGGUUUUCAUUGAGCCCUAUGCUCUUAUGUUA